GCCAUUAAAAUUUUCAUCGACACAGCGAAAAACAACUUACCCUUAAUCUGAACUCAAGCUGUUGAAUUUGUUGCACCCAGAAAAGGAAAAAAAGAAAAGAUGAGAUCAUCGAGAAGAGGAGCUGCAGAGAAUAAAAGAGUAAUAAGUGGGCAUACACAUACUCUCCAUCAACGCCUCUACCAUGCUCUUAGUCUAGGCACCAGAUUCUCUGAUAAUGGAGAUAAGAGAUGGCAAUGCUCAGAUAUGGAGAUACAGAGGCAUGUGGUUCGCUCGAUUGUUGCAUUUCUUGACUCUAUUUCUGGAGAUACAUCAAACCAGCCACUGGUGAAGGAUUCAGUAGCUGAUAUUGUUGGAGCAUUGGUCUUGGUACUACAAUGUAAAAGGGUAAAUAUAGCUAGCCUUGCAGCAGAUGCAGUCAUCAAGUUGGUUGGCAUUAACUGCUCAUCAUUACAAUUAUAUGUAUCAGAUCUUGUUCAUCCAUUGUCAUCUUUGUUAAGUUCUCGUGAGUUAGAACUUGCUACUUCAUCUGCCACUGCUUUGAACAUGGUCCUCUCAGAUCUCAGUUUCAAGAAGGAGAAAGACGUUUUUGAGAUACUUAAAGAAACAAAGGCGGUAGUUAAUGUUGUCUCUAAUAUAAAGGAUUUUCAUUGGGACACUCAUCCAAUGGACCAUUUUCAAGAGAUGGCUUCUCUUUUGAGUGUCAUAUUAAUUCGGUGGCCCCCAUCUCGCUAUUCUGUUUGGAGUGAUGCUACAAUGAUGGAUGUAUUACAAACAUUCUUCUUAAAGCCUGAUUUCCCUGCUAAAGUUGUGGUUUUGAAGUUGUAUUCUUCACUAGCUCUAUGUAAUUAUGGGGCCAAGAAACUUAUAGAGAAUGGAGAAAGCAUUUUACGAAUGAUGGUUCACUGCAUGGGCAGCUCAGAGCCUCUUUCAGUUAGAAUAGAGGGAUUUAGACUCGCCCAGUGUUUAGCGGCAGAUGAAAACGGAUGCUUAAAAAUGAUAAGCUUUUGUGGUGAGCCUCUAGCUACAGCCAUUGUCAAUGCAAUGAAAUGUCAGGGCUUGCACAUGAAAAGAUUAUUUGUCUCAGAGAGGUCUACAGAGGGAAAACGUACAAAUGAUCAGAUGUCCCUGCUACUUGAGGCAUGUCGAUUGGCUCUAAUAACCCGUUGGGCAGGAAAGCAUCACAGCUUCUUUUGGGAGCAGCAGAUUCACAAUGUCCUCCUUGAUCUUCUUCUUGAAAAUUUUAAAAAUCAAUCACUAGAACAUUCUUUGCCUGUUGAAGAACAGAUAACAAUUGCCCAGGAUGGCCUUAAUUCAAAUUUUCUUCUUGUAUUAAGGCCAUACAUUUGGGAGAUCCUUGGAUGUCUUGCUGUGCACUGUGAGGAGGAUUUCAAACCCAACAUGCAUGGAAAUGAACUCUGUUUUAGCAUCCUUAUCACAUGUGCAUGCUUGGCUUUUGCAGAAGCAAUUCGCAAAGGGCACCACAUAUGUGAAAACAAUAAUGUGGAUGCCUUCAGAAGUGAAUCAGCUUCAAGAAUGGUGUUUCUGAUGAUGUAUUCUCCUUGCAAGUAUAUUUCUUCAAAGGUCAGGUUCAUCCUUGCCAAAGUCCUAAAGCCAUUUGGAAAAGAGUAUCUAGACCGCUUGGUCCAUUCCCUAAAUUAUAUACCAUCUGGGGAUAAUUUUGGAUUGUCAAAUAAUGUUAAUACUUUCAUUAAGUUGGUUGGUUUGGCAUGCUAUUCAGGCUUGUCUGAAUAUCAAAAUAAGGUUGCUGAAAUUGAUGGAAUUAAGACAUUGUUUAUUUUUACGAGGUGGUGCCUAAGCAAUCAUGUCCAUAUAGGAAGACCAAGCUCUGCACCUCAUUUGCAGAAUGCAUUUCGCGAGAGGGCAUGCUGCUGGGCACCUACAGAAGAAUGGGAAGGGAAAGACACUCUUUUGCUUUGUAGUUUGUGUGGUUUAUCAGAGUUGGUAUUCCAUGCUGGUGAUAUAAAUCGCACUGAACCUCAAGUCGUUAAGAUACUCCAGGAUGUCUUAAUUAACAUUUCUGCUCCUGGACCAAGAUGGUUAGCUGCACACAUUCUAAGUUCUUUUGGAUUUUAUGGUUUCCCAAAUAAAAUUGGUAAAGCCAUUGGGAAAGCACUUAAAGAGACAGAACAUGCAGAUAUGCAGUUCCUUUUCACUAAUGGUGCAUCAUUGACAGUUCACAGAGUUAUUCUUGCAGUUCGAUGUCCAUCUCUGCUACCUCCCAAGCAAUUACCUCGUCACGAGAAUGAUAUUGAUUAUCAUUCGGAAAGAUAUGAUCCAGAGAACCCUAGUUCAAUGUUUCUGAAAGAAGUCCGUUUGUCUGCCCAUGUUAAUGAGGAGGCACUACUGAAGUUGUUGGAAUUUGUUUAUUUGGGUUUUUUUGAAGCUGGAGAAGAGCUUGAGAAGAAGCUGAAAGCUAUUGCUAAAUGUUGUAACUUGCAACCUCUGAUACAAAUAUUUUCUAGAAAGAGACCUAAGUGGGGCACUCCUAUUCCUAGCUCUGAUCUUACUCCUGCUCUUGGUCCGGUUGGGCAUCAUUUUUCGGACAUAAUACUGGAAGCCGAAGAAACUGAAGUGAUGAAUUGGAAAUGCAAUUUUUGCUCUCUUUUGGUGCCACAUGUGCACGCUCACAAAGUUAUAUUGUGGUCAAGUUGUGAUUAUCUCCGGGCCAUGUUUCAAUCAGGAAUGCAGGAGAGCCAUUCACAGACCAUAAAGGUUCCUAUCAAUUGGGAAGCUUUGAUGAAACUAGUGCACUGGUUCUACAGCUAUGAUCUGCCAAAUCCUCCCUCUGGAUGUUUAUGGGACAAUAUGAGUGCGGAAGAACGGCUACAUGAACUUCAAUCUUACGUGGAGCUUUACUGGCUUGCUGAGUUCUGGAUUUUGGAAGACAUUUGUGACACAUGCUACAGAGUAAUUGUAUCCUGCUUGGCUGCUGACAGACAAUUGUCUGUGAAAAUUAUUCAAAUUGCUGCUGGUUUAUCUCUGUGGAAGCUAGCUGAGGUUGCAGCAGAUUACAUGGCCCCCUUAUACAAUAGAUUGCGUGAUUCUGGCAUUCUUGAGGGGAUGGAUGAAGUGCUUAUUGAUUUGGUCCGUGCUGCUUCUGUUAGGCUCUCUCAAGAACAUGGUCAUUCUGUUGGUGAAAAAUUAUCUUCCUCUGGUCUGUUGACGUGGUAGAUGAUGCUGGAAACAAAGCUUAAAGGGAUCUCUUUUCACUGUCCCAACUGUCAGCUAUGCAUAUUCCAUGGAGCACAUAUCUAGAGUUGUGAUGGGCUUCUUCUAAAUAGGCUAAAAUACAUCCUGACCAUUGUGGUUGGUUGGUUAAGAAAACACAUGAAUACGGUAAAAAUUUGCAUGCAAAACAUAGGUGGAAAUCACAUUCCCCCAUAUCAUGCAUGUAUGCUUCCCAAGUUUUCUAAUGUUCAUUGCUUAGUAGGAUGUUUUAGUGUUAAGACUUAAGAGGACCUUAUGUUAGUCGAAAAGAUGUUGGCAGUGUCAUGCAUCUAUGCAUGUAGCCUGAGAAUGGGUGAUUUACUGCAGAAAGUCAGGAAAAAUUGCAGAAAAGAAGGCAAGGCAAGAGAAAAGGU